AUGGACAAUAUUGUAGAAGGUUUAGUAUGGUAUAAUAUGUGGAGUUCAAAAGAAGUGUCAGAUAUAAUGGAUUUCAUUGAUGUUUUAAAAGAAACUGAAUUACUUCCUUCUAUACGAAUGUGUGCUAUGAUAGCAAUUUCACUUCCAGCAACGACUUGCAGUGUUGAAAGGUCUUUCAGUUCAUUAAAAAGGUUACAAACCUGGAUCCGUAAUUCAAUCUCAGAAGAUAGAUUAAAUGGAUUAGCUCUAUUGUAUAUUCAUAAAGACAUUGUUAAAACAGAAAAAGAAAAGGUUAUAGAUGAUGUUAUUCAGUUAUUUUGUAUGCAACCAAGAAGAGUUCAAUUUUUAUUUAAUAAUUAA